AUGGCGUCCAUAUUCACCUUCGAUCCUGAUCCUCCGCGGGUCUCUUCGCCGUGGUCGAUAUCGGAGUCCUCUACGCCCCAGCCUACCUCUGCCGGUAAUCGACUGGCUAUUAGAACACGUUCUAGCGCGACACUGCGCAGUGCAGACCAUGACUCUUUGUCUGACUAUGGGAUAUCGAAAUUGGAUCCGGAGCCUCAGGAGGGUCCGACCGAAUAUAAGCUACAUCUUCUUCUGCGGCCUCGUCGAUUGUACACGUCUAUGUCUACGGGACAUGUCGUGGCGGGGUCGUAUCACUCCCGGGCGAGCUUGUCAACUUCGUUCCCUACAACACCGUCUAGUUAUGAGACCGCCAUGAAACCACAGCAAACCCGGUCGACGCACAGUCGGCAAGAGCGGCUGCAGCAUCUGACGACGCAGCUGCUGUGGCGGUUGCAGCAGUCGUCGCCGUUUCAUUCGUCUACCGCCACUAAUAAUCUCGUGCUGCCUGUUCUACCUGACAUGGUAUCGCAGUCGGAUGCUCCGCAGAGGCCGGCACGAUUGCUUCCUGGGCUUGAGGAGAGUCAGGGUGCGUUGUAUGAGAUCGGGGUUGCGGAUGAUGGGACUUUUGUUGGGCUUACCCAGGACGAGCUGGAGGAGAGUUUGAGCAACUUGCAGAUUAUGGCGGGUAGCUUGGGCUGUAAGGUGGAUGUUCUGCGAAGGGUUGUUGUUGGUGAAUGUGAGUGGGAAGGCGACUCGGUCGAGUCUCAUGUAGAGGAUCUCUGGGUUGCAGAGGCACUUGUCAGUCCGGAUCUGGAUUAUUACCGCGCAGCGCCGGCAGAAGGUGACGCAUCUGGGGCGACUGAAAAAAAGUCUGUUUCGGAAGACGACCAUUCCAGCACUGAGCAGAUUCGCGUAUCCAUCACUGGUCCCAGUAUCGCUGGCAAAUCCUCCCUGUUGGGUACGCUGACGUCUUCCUCGCUGGACAAUGGAAGAGGAAAAAGCAGGCUGAGUUUGCUCAAGCAUCGACACGAGAUUUCUUCUGGAAUCACCAGUUCUGUUGCGCAGGAGUUGAUCGGAUACACGGGUGAUUCCUCUGGCUCGGUCGAUGCGAUCAACUAUGCGUCUGGAAACGUUGCUGCAUGGGAUGACAUCCAUGCUGUGUCGACGGGCGGUCGUCUAGCCUUUGUUUCUGAUCUUCCCGGCUCUGUGCGUUUUUCGAAAUCUAUGCUCAGAGGGCUGAUUAGCUGGGCUCCUCACUGCGUGAUACUCUGCAUUCCCGCCAAUUGCGACGAUGGGACUACGUCAGGUAGCGACAGCAAGCCCGCAGAGCAAACUACGGAAAUCGACCUAGCUCUGUCAUACUUGGAACUCUGCAUUAAACUCGAAGUACCUAUUUUAAUUGCUAUCACCAAGAUGGACCUCGCUUCUCGUGUGGGAUUGAGAAAUACGCUCUCCAAGGUUCUGUCGGUGUUGAAGCUUAGCGGCAAAAAACCAGCCAUGCUACCUGUGUCAGGUUUAACAGACAAGGUUGCAGGUCUCCAGCGAAUCGGGACAGCGGAAGGCGGGGAAGUGAGAAAGGUCAUUGACGCUAUGGCUGGUGAUACGCUACUGACAGUACCUAUCGUUCUCACAAGUGCUGUCGACGGCUCCGGGAUAGAGAAGUUACAUGCUUUUCUACGAUAUCUUCCAGUCCCAGCGAAGCCUUCACUGCGGACUAUCGAUUUGUCAAAGGCGCAAUCGCAAUCACCCACUGGCAAUGUAUUCGACAUUGACGAGGUAUUUGCUAUACCGCCGUCGAAGGUUUACUCGAUAUCGUCGGACCAGACGCCAAAGGAGAACCAGGGCGUUGUUCUAUGCGGUCUCGUACGUUACGGUGCCAUUUCGAUAGGCGAUGAGCUGGUUGUUGGGCCGUUAUUGACAAACCCGCACUGGCAGCAUGUCCGCGUUGUCAGCGUCAGAAAUCUUAGACUACCUGUUCGCAAACUCACAGAGGACCAAGUUGGGACUAUUGGUAUUGAACCUAUUUCACAGCCAGACGAACCAUCACCGCACCUCGGCCGGAUACGAAAAGGGACGGUUCUAGCCAGUCUGCCAGACCCAGUGCCACUUCACACCGGCUUCGUUGCUACAUUCUCCUCCAGCGAAUUCGCAUCAGCAGAUUCCCCACCAUUACUUCUUGGUGGAAACGCCAUCGUCUACAUCGCCAACAUCCGCACAGCAGUAAAAGUGACCUGUGUUGAACUAGCUGAAAACGAACUAGUCUCGACCCCGCCAUCACCAGCUGAACCCGAAUUCUUCCGUUUCGACGGCGAUCCAGACCGCGGACAAACCAAUGGCGAUUCCCCUGAACGCCGCAAUGCAGAUGUCCAGAAGGUUAUCGACUCAACGGAUACCGCUGAGGAGGAUGUCCAUAUUACAUUUUCGUUUGUCACGUCCUUGGAGUGGGUAGAGAUUGGGUCGAGGCUACUUGUUAUGCCUGGUGUUUCAACAUCGGCAUCGUCUAUGCCUGCGUCGGGG